CUGCGUUCACAUGGCAUGUAUCUUAUAAGUAAAAGAAAGGAAAAGCCUCAUAUCACAAUCAUGAGGUAUACAUAUUAUUUUCGUAAAUGUUACAUUAUACGUCAUUAUGACCAGAUGAUGAAAAUCACUCAAAUCAUUCGUUCCCUCCUUUUGCUUUCAGAAACUAUUCUGAGUUUUCGGCAUAUAACUGGGUGCUUACUCUCUUUGUUUGUCUGCCGUGGACUACAUGUACAGUAGGAGUUUCCAAAACUCACCGACCAACACAUAUUCGAUGAGCUAUUAUGAACGUCUUGAAUUGUUUGCGCCUGCUUUUCCGUGUUAUUGCACCGCAAUCAGACCGCCACCACCAUCACAUCCGUCAGGUAUUAUUCACGGCGGUCAGUAUAUCAGCAAACAGUCGCCACACCAACCGUUCUAUGUCAGUGCACGUAUUACAACUAAUGGGUCUUCUUUGAUUGGACAGUCCAGUGGGGCACAAGCAUCCAGUCCACAAAUUUCGCCUCAGUCUAUAGCGGUUACAGACUCAAAUAUAGCGCUACCUAGUCCCUUUGCUAAGUCCCAGCUCACAUUACUGCAAACAGAACGUAGUCCACGUGCAACUCAGGAAACAAAGGCUCAGUUAGAUGGUCAACCAUCCCAGCCUAGUGGUGGAAGUAGUCCAUCACUCGGCGUAAUGCAAUUUGCGCUAAUCUAUUGA